AUGGGUUUCACUCCUCAGACACCACCAGAUGUCCGCACUGUCACCGCAAACACAUCCACACAACACCACAUACACCACACACAUCACCCCUCACAACCCCCUCAGCCAACCCCUCAGCCCCGCACCCCCUCUCUGGCAGUGGACACGUGUUUGUGUCCGGGUUUGACGGCGAGUGUGGAGAUUGGGGUCUAUUUGAUGGUCAGAUGGACUGAUGUGAUGGAAACCGACCACCAAUUGGUCACUGAAGAGGAGCUCAACAGCUGUUCAAAAGAGGAACUGAUCCAACGCAUGCUUUCAAUGCAAUCACAUGUGAGACAAUUGAAGAAUAUAUUAAACAAACGAAACUGUGGUUCGGAUAACGAGAAGACGAAGAAGAAGUGCCGCCAAAAGAGUGACCGAAAAGACUUUGAUUUCAGUCGUUAUAAGUGCCGACACAUUGCCCUCAAAGCGCUGUAUCAGCCCCGCACCCCCUCUCUGGCAGUGGACACGUGUUUGUGUCCGGGUUUGACGGCGAGUGUGGAGAUUGGGGUCUAUUUGAUGGUCAGAUGGACUGAUGUGAUGCAAACCGACCACCAAUUGGUCACCGAAGAGGAGCUCAACAGCUGUUCAAAAGAGGAACUGAUCCAACGCAUGCUAUCAAUGCAAUCACAUGUGAGACAAUUGAAGAAUGUAUUAAACAAACGAAACUGUGGUUCGGAUAACGAGAAGACGAAGAAGAACGCUGUAUUAUUAAACAAACGAAACUGUGGUUCGGAUAACGAGAAGACGAAGAAGAAGUGCCGCCAAAAGAGUGACCGAAAAGACUUUGAUUUCAGUCGUUAUAAGUGCCGACACAUUGCCCUCAAAGCGCUGUACUUUGGAUGGGAUUAUCAGGGAUUUGCCGCUCAGGAGGACACCAACCAUACGGUCGAAUGGGCUCUGUUUGAGGCGCUCGUCAAGACCCGACUCAUCCGCAGCCGUCAGACAUCCAAUUAUCACCGCUGCGGUCGCACUGACAAAGGCGUGUCCGCCUUCUCGCAGACCAUAUCGCUGGACGUGAGGACUAAUCUGAAGGCAGGCAAAGGCGUGAUAACACCCGACGAUUAUGUCGAUGACGGUCGCGACGACGAGACGACCGGUGACUCUGAGCCGCGAGAAAUCAAUUAUAUUAUGAUUUUAAACAAUGUUUUGCCCGAAAAUAUUCGUGUUAUUUGUUGGACACCCGUUGAGACCGAUUUCAGCUCACGGUUUGACUGCAAAUCCAGAAGUUAUAAGUAUUUGUUCCCAAAGGGAGGACUGGAUGUCGAGCGCAUGAGAAUUGGCUGUAAUUAUCUGUUGGGCGAACACGACUUCAGGAACUUUUGCAAAAUGGAUGUCAACAACGGUGUCAUCAACUAUAGGAGGAAUAUAUUGUCCAUUGAUUUACAGCGAUAUUCGUGUGAAGCUAAUUGUGAUAACUCUUUGGGUGAUGAGACCUAUUGGAUGUAUGCGUUGACAAUCACCGGAACGGCAUUCAUAUGGCAUCAAAUUCGAUGUAUUGUCGCUCUUCUAUUCCUCGUCGGCCAACACAGAGAAGAGCCCGAAAUAAUCAAACAAUUACUAGAUGUGGACAAACAUCCCAAUAAACCACAGUAUUGUAUGUCCGCUGACUUUCCAUUGAUUUUGUUUGACUGCAGUUAUGAUGAAAAGGAUGUUAAAGAGUGGAUAUAUGAUACCAAAGCGUCGGAUCAGCUCAUCAAACAUUUGCAGAGCUUAUGGACUAAACAAAUGGUCAAAACAGAUGUGUAUAAACCUUUGCUCGAGCGUCCAGUUUGUGAAAGUUUAGAGCAAAGGAUCGAAAAGUCAAAUAAAAGGACUAAAAUGAAGAAUUAGAUCAUAUUUUAGUUAAUAUAUGAAAAAUUUGUUUAUUUUUAUACAAGUUUUAUAUAAAUUUAACAAUAAUUUACAAAUUAAAUAUCAGUUUCAAUAGAAA